UCGUGGAGAUGGGCGACGGCACCCAGCAGUGCUGCUGGUUAUGCAUCGCUUGCCAUCAGGACGAGUACCUGAAGAACGAGACUGCCUGCGAGAAGUGCGAGCCAGGCCAUUGGCCCAACAUCAACAAGUCGGGGUGCGACGCCAUCCCAGUGAAGCAUGUGAUGUGGAGUGAUGCCGAAUCCAUCGUGGCACUGUGCCUGGCAUCGCUUGGCGGCCUGGCUACGUGCUUCACAAUGGUCGUCUUCAUCAAAUAUAACCAUACUCCAGUUGUCAAGGCCUCGACGCGAGAGCUCUCCUACAUCAUCUUCGUGGGCAUGAUGGUCUCCUACUGCGCGACCAUCCCCCUCCUCGCACGUCCCUCGCCCCUCUCGUGCGCCGUGUCCAGAGUCCUUCCCGGCCUCUCCUUCUCGAUGAUCUACGCCGCCCUGGUCACCAAGACGAACCGCAUCGCCAGGAUUCUCGCCGGGAAUAAGAAGAUUCUCACGAGGAAGCCCCGGUUCAUGUCCGCCACGGCGCAGAUGAUAGUGAACAAGACUAAACAGUGCUAUAGCGGUAUAUCUAAGGUUGUUAUCACAUGCAUUCUGAUCAGCAUUGAGGUUGGAAUUAUAACUACUAUGCUGAUUCUGGACAAACCUGACGUCAAGCACACCUACCCUGGGAUAAAGGAGGUAAAGUUAGUAUGCAACACGUUGCCUCGGGGGAUCAUGGCGCCCAUGGGUUGGGAUUUCUUCCUGAUUGCAAUGUGCACCGUCUAUGCAGUCAAGACGAGGAACCUGCCGGAGAAUUUCAACGAAGCUAAAUUCAUAGGGUUCUCUAUGUACACCACUUGCGUCAUCUGGAUGGCGUGGGUCCCCAUAUACUUCGGCAGCGACCACAAAAUCAUUUGCAUGAGCGUGUGCACUUCCCUCAGCGCUCUCGUCACCCUCGUGCUGCUAUUUUUCCCCAAAAUUUACAUAAUUCUCUUCAGACCUGAGAAGAACGACCGGUCUGCGUUCAAGACGACGACGACGGUGCGCUGCCACAUCGGCUCGGGGAACAAGGCCAGCCUGUCGCGCACGGCGGAGCGGUCUCCCAGCGCGGCCGUCGAGAGCAUGUAUGUGGGAUCUGCGAUGCUGGGCAUUGGGCAACCGCAGCUGUCUCUGAUGCAGCGGAUUCGGUCGACGUUGGGCAUGCCCUUCCUUCCUCCCGUGGGCAUCCUGCCGGGGGAGGCUCACCCGCGCAGCCUGCUCAGGAGAGAGAUUAGUGUGUGGAGUGACGUCAGCGGAAGCGGCGGGCAAGCGGGAGGCAACGCUGUCAAUCAGAACAGAGAUAUCAUGUUGCGAAAGGCGUAUGGAUCCCAGCUUGAUCUCGCUGGAGUGGAGGGCUGGCGGGAGGAGAGGAGCUGCCAGACCACGGACGACCUCCUGGACCCGCUCAUCCCACGCCUGCGCCGGCGGGUGGCUCGCGCCGUCAGGGAGAACGAGUUGGAAGUCGCCGAAGGAAGAGAGUUCUUCAGCCUCACCCACAGCUGGAUGACUUCUCAGGCUGAAGCUGCUCGGAGUGUUCGAAAAAGACACGAUAGUCAGGGCACAGACGAAGAACGCCCCAUAACCACGACCAUCAUUAGAGAAGACCUCCAGACACGAGCAGUCGCCAAAGAGGACCCAGGAGAAGGUCCUCGUCGGGAGAAAGAGAAAAGCGCAAGCCAACCUGAGGAAAAGUCAGGCGCUGAGGGGAAGAACGGGACUCCUCGAGAUACGGAAGAUCCCCCAUGUAACAAAGGGGGAGAGUCUCCUGCAGGGGGCGAGGGUGAGAAACACAGUGAGGGCGCCAGUCAGGAUGAGAGUGGGGGCGCGUCCCAGCAGAGUCCUGAACAUGGUUCGACCCAGGAAGUGAGGGAAGUGAGUCCUCUGCCGAAAGACAAACCCAGUGUGCUUUUAAACAAAGUGGUGGAGGAGGAGGAGGAAGAGGAAGACUGUUGCGACCCGGUUUUGCAACAAAAGUGUUCGGCCGUUGGCAAAGACUAUACUGUUCUGAGAGAAUGCAGCACUGAACCCCAGAUUGGAGAUUUCAUUGGGUAUGGGUCUCUAAUGCCCUGUAGCCCGUCGUGGAAAAGACAGAGAUCAGUUAGUUGUGACAACAGCAUCAUCUACAAGAAAAACAGAGUUCGGCCUUUCGACCAAGCAACGCAAACGGACAGGUGUCCCGACAGUCAAGGCUGGAUACCAAACGGUGACCCAAGCAAUAGUUUAGUGUUAGUAAAAGCGAGCAGUGUGAAUGAUAAUGCUCAUCGGAAACGAAAAGUCGGAAUAUCUGCUAAAGUUUCAGACGUUCGGGGAAUCCUCAAGACAGUAUCCUUCUCACCUGCAGAGAAGGAGAACAGGGUCUCCUUCAACUCGGUCGUGUGCGGCAGGAACCUUUCGAGAGGAGACGAGCUAAUCUCUCAGGAGUCGUCGGACGAAGACACGGAAUGCGACAGUCAGGAAAGAGUGCGUUAUGUGACAUAUAGAAACCCAGUGUAUGCUGAGGUCGCGUCGGGUGACGUUUCGUCGAGAAUACGAGAGGAAACUCUUAGUGCCGAUAGUGAUAUAUCAGAUAACUGUGAACUAAAGUCUAUUAUCAUUAAGUUGGGUUGUGAAGAGGAUGAACUUGACGUAGCAGAAAAAGCAAAGUCAGAAAAGAAUGGGAGCAUCAUCAGCUGGAGACCCAAGCUUGGAAAAAAUCAUAAACUCCUUUCACAGAGUUCAGACAUGUAUGAGUACGACACUCCUUCUGCUACUGAAGACGAAGAGAGUGUGAUAGAAUAUCCACGCUCCGGCUUUUCGAAUAGCCUCGACGUCAAGGAAUCGGAGAAGGAGGAUCCAGACUGUUGCAAAAGGUAUUCCAGAGAAAAUGAGCUCGUGAUACUGGACUUGUUGCAUAACACAUUCGUGCCAAAAUACCAGGGCUCACAGAUCAACCCCGAUCUCGACAGCCCUCAGUGCUCGAGCGCCGCUACGCCUCCGUCUGUGUGCGGGGGCACUCCGGGGCACCUGAGCCCUGUCUCUCAGUCACACUUCACCAUCACUCCACCUGAAUAUUACAGAAAUUCCCCGACUAAGCAUGCCAGUCCUCCGGAGUCGUCGUGCAGCAGUUCACAGGGUUACGGCUCCCCUCAGCACCCGUGCCUGCAGGACGCCUGGGCUUGGGAAGCGUCGGAGGCCCAGCCCGAAGCCGGCACGGAGGAGCUGACUCCGACAGCUUCACCUCGCCCUGAGUCCUCCCCUGUGGCCGCCUCCCGGGGAUCCCAUUACAACCCAAUGUGUUGUCCCGACGAGGACGACCCCAUGGCCAAGCCCCCGGGGCACGGGGCACGAGGGGCCAUAGACCCUCGCGUGGCCAGACAUGACACAGACGAAGACACGGACGAAAGCACGACCCCGCUCGAAGAAUUUUUCCGAACUCACGGGGUGAAGUUUGAUACGACCUCAAACAGGCCGAAAAAAUUAUGAGAAGUUUCUCUGCACCACGAGAUAAGGAAUAAAGACUGUUGCGAAUAUUGCAAAUCUAUGCCUAAUUACAGCCGGUCAUAGGAGAUGAAAUGUUUUAUUACGAAUCUGACAUGUUUUUCUUCUUCAUAUAUAUACGUAUAUAUGAUUUGCUCAAUAUGAUUGUCGUUCCAAACGUAUGUUCUCUGUGUAUAUUGCUGUAACCGUAUUUGUAAAGUAUGACAUAUCAUUAGCUAGUUUGUCACCUUAUCCUCCUGAAUGUAUUUUGUUUAAGGUACCACAGCUUUAUCAUAACAAACUCAUAGUGAAGGCAUAAUGUAAUGUGGCCAAUUUUACAAUCUUAGCCCAUUUUACUCUCGAAAUAUUAAUAUUCGUUAAAGUAAAUAUUUUCUAAACUAUCUCUUCCUCUGUAAUUUUUCACAGGUGAUUAAAUCAGUAGAAAAUUAUAAUAUAAUAAAUGAAAGUAGAAGUUCGAUGAUAUCCCUCGUUA